AAUUUCUGUUUUAUUAUCAGGGGGAUAAGCAGACGAAUCUAGUUGUGAAUCAAAGGAUUGAUUUUGUUUGGAUUGCGGAUUUAGCACACAUUCGAGCGUUUCUUAUUCGUAGUGAAUCACUUGAUCUUGGUUUAGUUAUUGAAGGGUCUUCUGUAACCAGGAAGGCCCUUCUUUUCUUAAUUUGGUAUCUAAGCAGCGUCUUCCUCAGGAUCAUUAGAUAAUUUUUUUAUAGUUUCUGAUUAUGCCGGCUAUACAGAAGCUUUAUAAUGCUUGUAAGGUCUCACUUUCUCAAGAUGGACCUGUUUCAGAGGAAGGUCUUGUAAAGAUUCGUGGCCUUUUAGAUAAAAUCAAGCCAUCUGAUGUUGGUCUGGAGCAAGAAGCCCAAUUGGUGCGAACAUGGACUGACCCUACGAAUGGUCGAAAUGGGACUCAUAGGUCAACUCCACCUAUUAAAUAUUUGCGCUUAAGUGAAUGUGAAAGCUUCACUAUGGGAAUAUUCUGCAUGCCACCUUCCUCUAUAAUACCCCUUCAUAACCAUCCCAACAUGACAGUUCUGAGCAAGCUUCUAUUUGGUACCUUACACGUAACAUCUUACGAUUGGAUAAGUACACUAGACUCUUCUCAAGACAUAAAAAGUAGACCUGCGAAACUUGUUAAAGAUUGUGACAUGAUAGCACCUUGUGGGACUACUGUCCUUUAUCCCACAAGUGGAGGCAACAUACAUUGUUUCAGAGCGGUGACUCCAUGUGCAAUCUUUGACAUUCUAUCCCCUCCUUACUCGUCUGAGGAUGGACGACAUUGUACUUACUUUCGUAGUUCUCAGGCUCCAGAAGGUUUUCUUCAAUUGGACGGUGUGGCCUCUGAAGUGAGUUGGUUAGAAGAAUUCCAACCUCCUGAGGAUUUCGUGAUACAUGGUGGGGUGUACAAAGGCCGUGUUAUAAAACCUUAAUAUAUAUAUUUCUGUUUGGAGGUGGUAUGAGAAUGAUUUGUUGCUUGGUGAUUGGAUUAUUGAUUGAUAGAUAGCAUUGAAUACUAGAGUGGACUCCGAAAAUUGCACUAUUGAAUCUUAAUUAUUGAUAGAGUUGUUUAUUAACCUAUUUUUGUUUAUUGAAAUCAUUUUGGAAAAAAUUA